CUGCCUGAUGGUCUGUUUGUCGUCCACAUCACUAAUGAUGGAAUGAGUAUCCUGGAACCGCUGGAGAUUACAGACAAUCAUGUAGUUGUCAAAGUUCCUCACCUGUCUAUUUUUGGCCUAGUCUGGGACAUUGUUAAGCGGUUGUGGACGAAACCAAUUAGCGGCCAAGUUCUACUUUUCCUCGGACCACCAAACCAAAAUGCACAAAGGCAAAAACUCAAUGUGUUUCUUCUGCCGUUGAACAUCAAUCGGGAUGAGGUCAGAAAACAACAGCGACCUUAUGAAAACAUCAAGGCCAUGUCCACAUGUAAACUCAUCAAAGACCAAAGCUACACUCUUCACUGUCCUCAGGCCAUCAAAAUUCAGCCUAAAAGCGCAUAUUUUAUCCUGGAGUUUGGACCAAAUUACUACCCCGCGUUUGAGAUCCGCCUGUCCACAAAUGAAGAAGAAGUGACUUUAACGGUCCGAGACCAAACACACAUGGAGGUCUGGGAGCAUGAUGUUGAUCUGAUUGAUCCGGCUCUACGUGAAGAAAAUCCACCGAGGCCUCGCUCAGCACAGGGAAGGUUGUUAUCAGUUCGCUCACAGUUUGUUAGUUCAGUGUCUGACUCUGUUCUAAACCAGUUGCUGGAUAAACUUCUAGAACGGGGCAUUAUAAAUCAAGAAGAAAUGGAGUCGGCCAGAACCAGAACCAGGACUGACAAUGCGCGAGCUGUGAUUGACAUGGUACGAAACAAAGGAACAGAAGCCUGUUCCUCCCUGAUUGAAGACUUGAGUAUGUUUGAUGCACAACUUUCCAGAACACUGAAUUUGAGCUGAAGUAGGAAUGAGACUCAGCAAAUGAAACAAGAUGAAAUCUACAACCAUAGAUAGUAAAAAGAUGCUGGAUACCAUUUCUAACAGAAAACAGAGUUUAUUUUGCUUUGAUUUAUUGAAAGCAUGAACAGAUUUCCAAUAACUACCAAAUAAGCUCCAGGAAUGUUGCAUCUUUAAUGUCCAGGUUUGAGACUACUGGCACCUUUUAAUUAUUAAUUCAUUAAUUUUAUAUGAUUAAACUUGAACUUCCUAUGACCGUAACCUGAGACACCCUGAUGGCUCGUUGACCAGGACAAGAAAACUUCGCAUUGUUCAUCUUUUCUUCCAGACCUCGAUGUGUUCUGACCAACAGCUGGGAGUCUCAUGAAAUGAAUAUAUUUCAAAUUAGCCUCUUUGAUUGUGUUACCUGGCUUACUUUGUGCUGUUUUGGGGGUAAAGUAGUUUUGGCGGGUUGUGAUAAUCUUGGUCUCCUUUUUGU